CAUGGUAACGAGCGUAAACGGUAACUAAUAGCGAACAGGGAAGGCUGCUGAGCUAUGUUUAUCUGACUAGAUAUAUAAGAAACUCCCAUAAAACACACCGCAAAUUAGUAUAAUAUAUUUCAGCUUCUCUCUCCUUAAUUUGAUAUCAUUUUUGACGAUAUCCACCGCGCCAAAUCAAGACAGGAUGGGCGAUAAAGUGUCGGCAGCACCUGAAAUCCAAGGUGGAGAUAAACGAGGAAGUUCUGGCAGUACGGGAGCUCAAGGAGGCCUUGGGGAAAAAAGGCUACAAACUUCAGCUCUGGAGAAACAUGAAAAACACUCAGGGCCACGAAUGACCAAGAAAUUCCUGAAAGACCACUGUAAGCAGAACAAACUGUACGUGACACCUUACCUCAAUGACACACUGUAUCUGCAUUUCCAAGGUUUCUCCAUCAUUGAGAACUUAGAGGAGUACACAGGUCUGAAGUGUCUCUGGCUGGAAAACAAUUGGCUCCAACGCAUUGAGAAUCUGGAUGCCCAGAGUGAUCUGCGCUGCUUGUUCCUUCACCAAAACUUCAUACGCAAGCUGGAGAACCUCGAACAUCUGAAAAAACUCUGCACCCUGAAUGUCUCUAACAACUACAUACACACCAUAGAGAACAUCUCCUGCCUCCCUGACUUGAGUACUCUGCAGAUUUCCAAUAACAAGCUGGAAACUGUUGGUGACAUAGAGCAUUUGAGUCAGUGUCUGUCCAUCAGUGUGUUAGACCUGUCUCACAACCUGUUACACAACCCAGAGAUUCUCUCUGUGCUUGAGGCCAUGCCAGAACUGUGUGUGCUAAAUCUAGUGGGAAAUGAGGUGGUGAAAAAAAUCCCAAACUACAGAAAGACCAUGAUUGUACGCCUCAAGCAGCUCACAUUCCUUGAUGAUCGCCCCGUGUUCCCCAAAGACAGGGCAUGUGCAGAGGCGUGGGCAGUGGGAGGGCUGGAAGGGGAGCAGCAGGAGAGGGAGCAGUGGGAUACACGAGAGAGGAGGAAAAUUCAGGAAAGCUUGGAUGGAAUGGCAAUGAUUCGAAAGAAGGCCCAGGAAAGACGUCGACUCCGAGAAUUACAGGAGAAAGGGGAAACCGAUGCUUCUCCUAGUCCAGAAACUACUAGGGAGGAAAACAAUACCCAGAUUUUAACUUCUUCACAAGGAGAGAAGAUACAAGCCUUUUUGCAGGACAGCCUGGAUACCCAUGAAGAGUUGUUAAAGAAACAGUCAACACAGGGACCUAAUAAUCAGCCAGCAAGUGAGCAUCUGGAGGGAGAGCAGCCAGGUCAGCUGCUGCCGAGAGAGCAGUUAGAUGAAGAUGCCCAGGAUCAAUCACAGAUAAAGCACGCUGUGAGAGAAGAGAAAGAAAGGGAAAAUCCAGAGGUCCCACCACAAGGGCAAGGAAGCACUGUAGGGCACAUGUUAGAGACAAAGAAAGAAGAUAAACGACAAGAAAACCAGUCAUGUGGAAACCAGCUCACAAGAAAUGAAGCAGAGAGAGAGCAGAGCAAAAACAAACAGUCUCCUCGUCUGGAAGCAGAUGACAAUGUUCCAGCACACGGUCCUGGACCACAGAUUACAGAGCUGGAAGAUGCAGAGCAGCUGGAAACCAUUUACCUUCCACCGAUUCGCUCACUGCGUAUUGAUGAACUGCCUGAUUUGGAAGAUGUGGACACAGAAGACUUUAAUGCAGUGUUCUCUUAUAAGCAGGCCUUGAAACCAAAAAUAGAAGUCAUAUCAGGUGGCAGCAAUGAAGAAAAACCAGGGAUUCAGAGUGACAGCAUCUUCACCUUUGAUCCAGAUAAAGACUCUUGGUUCUUAAUGAGUGGCUGCAACAAAUCGUCUGUCCCUGACAGUUCUACAUCGCUGGUGUAUCCAGAGGAUGAGGACACCCAUGCCAAACAGCCAAACUCUGAAACAAACCAAACCUCCUCUCCACGACGCCACCUGAUUGAGGAGAUUGAAUGAUGCCUUAGUCUCUAAAGUGGCAGCUUCAAUUAAACUUGGAAGAUCAAUCAAAAAAUAUUAGCUGUUCAAAACAACAAACUGUAAUUCAAUGUGUAGCAUAUUUGUGAUAGUCAGUGUGUCCGUGUGCUUGUCAGCUAGAAUACUGUGAAAAGAAGAAAUUCUGUACUGAUUUGGUCAAUAUUGUCUGGAGGAAAAACAACAGCGCACACUUGUUAAUUUUAGGCUAUUUGUCUUGGAAGCACAACACGUGUAACUCCUUUACACAGGAAAAACCCUGUGAAUGCAUCAAUAAAUAUA